CGGCAGGCAUGGAGUCCGCCGGCCUCUGCAUCAAGCAGGAGCCCCGCGACCCAGAAGACGCGCCAUUCCCGGACGGGACCUCUGAGCCUCUGAGCAGCGGCGAGCUGAGCGCCGGGCGGCCCUUAAGGUCCUCCGGCAAUGGCCUUUUGCAAGGGAAUGCCAAAGAGCCCGCCGUUCUCCUGAUGGGAGGGCGCAAGUAUUCGGACCACUGCGAAGAGCGGGCGUCACGGCCCGGCAAGAGCCGCAUCCCCGGCCGGGACCACCGGCGCUACUACCAUGAGCACUGGAGGGCCGAGUACCUGAUGGACUUCAACGCUGCCCGGCACGGGAUGAUCUGCAUGGUGUGCGGAAGCUCGCUGGCCACUCUCAAGCUGAGCACGAUCAAGCGGCACAUCCGGCAGAAGCACCCGUACUCCCUGGCGUGGAGUGCCCACGAGAAGGAGGCGAUCAUGAGCAGCUGGGACGCCCACCUGGGCCUCGAGGCGGAGACGGACGCGGCCGACCCGUCUGACACACUGCAGGGGAGCCACGGAGAACUGUCCUUCAGCGGGGGCCGCAGGCGGAGGCGUGGCCUGGGCCCCCUCUCCGCUCAUGGCGGCCGGCGCUCCUCUGGCCUCGCCAUGAAGGCCUCCGCGGAAGGGGAGACGCGGAACCUGGAGCAGUACCUGAAGGAGUCCCUGCAGAGCUGGUUCCAGUCCGAGUUCCUGAUGGACUACGACCCGCAGGGGAACCGCCUCUUCUGCAUGAUGUGCGGCUCCUCUUUGCCCAGCCUGAAUCUGGACGACAUCAAGCACCACGUGAUGGAGGCUCACCCCAGCUCGCUUGGCUUCGGCCCCUCCGAAAAGGCGACCAUUCUGGAGGCGUGGAACUCCCGGACCGCCGAGGGGAGAAGCGCCGGGGAAGCGCCAGUGGAGGGAGAUGUGAUUCCUGCCCCGCAAGACCUGACGGUGAAGGAGAUCGAUUUGUCGCUGUCUCCGGAGGGUCCCGCUGGGGAGGACGGGUCCGAAGAGGCUGGCCCUUGGGACUCGGAAGGGAGCAGCCCGCCCGUGCCAGCCCGGGGCCGGGACCACCGCCGCUACUUCCAGGAGCACUGGCGGGUGGAGUACCUCAUGGACUACAACGGGCUGCGUCACGGGCUGGUGUGCAUGGUGUGCGGCAGCUCCCUGGCCACGCUCAAGAUGAGCACCAUCAAGCGGCACAUCCAGCAGAAGCACCCGGACUCCACGCAGCUGAGCCACCACGUCAAGGCGCUCAUCGUGCAGGAGUGGAACCAGAAGGUCUCCCGCCUGGCCGACGCGGACGGCGCCCUGCCCGAAACGGACGCGGAAGCGGGUGCCGGGCAGCCACAGCACCCCCGUAAGUCGCCCUCCUUCCCCGAGGAAACGCAAGAGCACACGGGGACGGCUGCGGGGGACGAGGAGGAGGAGGAGGAGGAGGAGAUGCCCGCAGCCGGGAGGCUGGCUCCUUCGCAGCCGUCUCCGGAGGCCGCCUCUCCCGUGGCCAGCACCCCGUCCCGGCGGGGCCAGCGGCGGAACUACCAGCCGCGCUGGCGGCAGGAGUACCUGAUGGACUACGACGAGCAGCGGCACGGGCUGAUCUGCAUGGUGUGCGGCGGGACGCUGGCCACGCUGAAGGUCAGCACCAUCAAGCGGCACAUCCUGCAGGUGCACCGCUUCUCGCUGGAGUACACGGAGCUGGAGAAACAGACAAUCCUCGACGCCUACUCCGAGAACGACCAGCCACAGAACCCCAAGCCGCCCAGCCUGAAAGGGGCGGCCGGCCCUGGCCCGGCCCCGGAGCCCCGCGACGUCAAGCCGAACAUCCAGGGGGCUGGGGAGAUGGCGCUAGCCUACCAGUUGCCUGUCUGUACGGCGUAGUCGCGGUUCCGGGCUGCCCGGUGGGGUAGACUUCGACGAACGACAGCCGGGCUGGUUUGUUUUCUCGCCACUCCCCUCCGGGCACCGUGGAAACUCUUGGGAUUCCCCAUUUGCAGGCCUCUGUGACUGGAACAAAUGAGGCCGAGUCCGGGAGAAUUGUGUUUGUUUUCCAUUGCAUCCAGUUUAAUUUGCAUGGCCUGUUCUGGCGGCAAAGGGCUCGAAGGAAGGCAUGCCUCCUCCCCACACGCCGUGCCGGCAAAUCCAUCACUCUCGCACUGGAAGAUGUGACUGGAGUGAGGGGGGUGUGGGGGUUUGGUGUACGUUACGGCGGGAUGAAGGCAGAGAAGGGCAAGGCGGGGGGCAGUCCUUGACAGCACGGAUGAUACACUGCGCUGGCCUCCGGUUUGGAAGCGUGCCCGGACAAGGCGCCCUCCGUGGCCCCCUCCCUCCGGAGGCCACCUUCCGGCUGCCACUGCCCCCAGCGGCUCCGACACCUCCGCCUCUUCCUCGCCAUGGAAGAGGAAGGUUUGCAAGGGAGCAAGGAGACCACGGCCUCUCUCGCACCGUUUCACCGCCGCCAUUGCCUGGGCACGUGAGCCGGUGGGUUGCAGUGGGGAAAGGAGGCUCCUGCCACAGGGCCCCUGCAGGACUGUGGACCCUUGGCAGGUGCCCGUUCAUGCUGGCCCUUGGCCCGGAGCUUGCUGCUUCUCUACCUUGACCAGCAGCGAGCACCCGGCCAGGUCGCUCUGUGUUCAGGCCCUUAACGGCGGCCUUCAGCACUUUUGCUUUGGGGGCACGCCCGUGGGUUCAUCAAGGUGGGGUCAUGUGCCCCCCCCCCCCCAGCAGGCUGCUGUACCCAGGGAACAGCCCUCCAGCAGUGAUUUGAGACCCUCACCAGAAAGCCAGCCCUGCAACGGAUGCCUCCAGAAGGGUUGGACUACACUUCCCCACCUCCAGAGGGGUGCAGUCCGAUCACAGUGGAGCGGCUCGGCUCAGCUCGGCUUCCGGCAAUGGGACGAGAACUGCCCUGUCGCGGUCCUGGUGCCCGUGCUGGAAACUGAGGCAGGGUGAGCACUGGAGGGGGACGGCUUCAGCGGAGACAACCCAUUUUCUAAGUCAUGGGUGAUGGGGAGAACCAGCGUCAUUCUCGAUGGGGCUGGACUGUAACACUCGCCAGUGCCAGGGCAGGGGAGGGGUGAUGGGGGGCCAUCGCCCAGCAGCUUCUGGGGGGCCACAGCUUCCCCAGCCGGCUAUUCAAGCAGCGCCCGGUGCGAUAGGAGGACUGUGCCAACGGCUGUCCUCUUUAAGUGCCUCUCCAUAGCUGCCUCCCCGGAUGGGUGUCCGCCUGAGGGAGAGAUCUGGAGUGUGGACGAAUGAAGGCACGUCUUUCCUUCACCCCACCAAAGCCUGGGCUCCCCGGGCUGCUUUCGGACACUUGGCCACUUGUACGCGCUCAGCACGAAUCGUUCUGGCAUGAUCUUAAGGUGUUUCAGGGGAGACGCGUGAGGUUUUGCUCGAUGUUUCCCGACCCACUUGCACUUAAAGGCCGGUGUGUCCUGCCAGCCCCCCAGCUUCCGUGGCUCAGGGGUUGUAGGACUGUGGUGCAUCCAGUUACCGGGUGCAUGUGCAUCCGUGCCUGUUAAAGUACUUUGCUUGUGGAGAAAAAGGUCUUGCUCCUACAGCAUAACACCGCUCCUGCAAGGUAGGAAAAUAGGCCGAGCCUUUCCUUGUGGCUUUUUUCACACACAGCCCGAGUUCUUCCCAGUUCCUUCCUCUGCAGCCCCGAAGGGAAGAGCCAGUGCGAUGUUGGACUGGGCCUUGGGAGAUCCGGCUCCAGUCCUUAUUCAGACAUGAAGCUCACCAGCUGAUUUUGGGCCGGUCACAGACUCUCAGCCUAGUCUACCUCACAGGGUUGUUGCAAGAAUAAACCGGAGCGGAUGAGGAUGCACGCUGCCUUGGCUUCCUUGCGGGAAAAAAGGGACGUAAAUCAACAGGGGAAGCAGUCGGAAAAGCAGUCCAAAAGAAGCUCAUCCUCAGGAGCCGCUCAAAGUAACCUUUGGUGGCCCGUUGUGAAUUCUGCUGCUCUGUAAGCCUUGAAUUCCAGCACUUCUCUUCCACCUCCUGCCCUCCAAAUCUCUUCAGUUUAACGACACGGGGAACGGCGUCUGCUCUGCUGGUUCAACAGGGCUCAUUGGUGCCCGUGCAGAGGGCAACCAGCCCCUUGUGAUGCUGACACCCUUUCGCAUGCUCGGUCCAAGGAACAGGUUCAUGGAUGGUUUCAAACAGGCGAGGAGGAUGCCAAAAGCCAUUUCAGGGCCAGGGGCUGGCUUCCUCCUUCGCGCAAAGACGCAACACCACUGGGACACCAGCCAGUAGGAGAAUUUCAAGACCCCCCCCAUCUAUAUAUUUGAUAUCAACGAUUAUGUAAACUUUGGCUUUUCCCAAAAUAGCUGCUGCUUUUUUGUAUUCAAGAUAAACAGAACAAAGAACGGGGGUGUUGGGGGUGGCGAUGAUAGAAACGGUGGGUUAAGAAAGGAAGAAAUGCCAUCCUUUGGACACUUUCAGCCCGUUACUGCCCCCAGGGGAAGGGAAGGUAGUAUGUUCAGUGGUUAGAGCACUUCAAGCAGAAAAGCCCAGGUUCCAGCAUAAUGGGGGACAGCAUUGCUGGAGAGAUUCUGGCAGUUGGGACAGACAAUUCCUGGCAGCCCGAAGGCCCAGUUCGGGGCCAACGUCACACACUGGCCUUAAUGCCGUACGGGCGGGGAGUUGGAUGGAGUCCAGAUCUUCGAAACAAAGGAGGCCGUCUCUUUGAACGAGGCUCGCCUCCAGCAAUUCAUCCAAGAGAACUAUGACAAAUAAAUUGCACUUAUCCGGGCACUGGUCCUCAUGGGAAAUCCAUUCCGUGUAAAGUUCAUCUCCCGCCCCACACCUCCUCCUCCUCCCACUCAAAGCAGUCAGAUUUUGCACACCUGCUUUCCUCUCACCCCAUCUUCCUAAAUCAAUAGUUUGGUCUU